UCAACAGCAUGAUGUCGACAGUCAUAGUGACAGACUGUGACAUUUAAAUAACGAUUGAUAACGAGUACCUACCUACCAGUGACGAUAAAUACGCCUCAUCCCUUUAAAAGACUUAUACGCUUUGCAUUGUUUUGAUUGCACUUUGCAGAUCAAAACCAAACAGUUCACAUCAUCAUUACACAUUUGAACAUCGUUAUUAGUAAAAUAUCGUAAGAUUAUAUUCAACUUUGUUAGGUGCAAAACUUGUGAUAUUCUUUGUUCAUUUAUGCAACUAUAAGUUGAUUAGUUUAACUUUGAAGCGAAUAAUAAACGUAUGCACAAUGGCAUCUCAGUGGACUAGUAAAACUGCGAUUCUGCAGGAUUUAUCUGUUGCACAGGGACGCGAAGUCCCCGUUGAAAUUGUAAAUGCAUUAACUUGUAAUGAGAAACCGCCUGUAUAUGCUGAAGAAACAGACGAAGAAUUUUAUACAGAUUUUGUCGGUGAUGACUUAGAAACUGGACCAGAUCUACUACUGAUAAAACAGAUGCUAGAUAUGGUGCGAGAAGUAAAUACAACAGAUAUUGAUAAUACAGAAGUUAACAAGUCGAGAACAACAUUAGAAAUAAGUAAAAUCUCUUGUGUGUCUCCUCAAAGAAAAGGGGAUGAACAAGUAUUAAUACUUCCUAAGAAAGUCAAAAAAGUGGUUCAAAAACAAAAAAAGAAUCGGAAUGUGGCUCUUGCUUCUCUCAUUGAAACAUAUGGAGACAAGGAAUAUAUAAAUGAGAGUAAUUCAAAACAACUACAAAGUCCAAAUCUUUUGAAACCAGAUGAUUUUGUAUAUAACAUAAAAAAUUCUUGCAAAUCAGACAAGGAUAUUUUAAUAUCCAGCAUGAUUCCAACAAUUAAAUCACCAACAUCUAUGUUCAGAAAGAAACCUCUGAAUACAAAAACUCUGGAAGAAACCAAUAUGAAUCAGAAAAGAUACUCAACUAUAAUAAACAAUGAAACCAGAAAUUAUAAUGAACCUGAAUGCUUUGUUCCAUCAUCACAUGCAGAUGAACUUUACAAGGCAUAUUUGGAAAAGAACAAAUUUCUAGAACAAGGGAAAGAAGAUGUAUGGGCGAAAGCGGAACGUAAAAUGAAGGAAAUUGAUGCUAAAAAGAAAAAUGAGAUCUUCAAAGAAAAUGCACCUUCUUUGACUAGUUCUGAGAACUCUAAAAGUUUAAAGAUUACAGGUAUGGACUUUGUACGUCUGCCUCAACACCGCCAUCUGUUGACCGGAAACUGUACAGUAUGUGAGGUUCUGUGCACUCAUAGGACUGCAGUUGAAAAAACAUCAAGCCUUUGAAAUAAUUAAUAUUAGUUACAUAUUAAAAUUUAAUAUUGUUUUUUUUUUAUAUCUUUUUAAUAUUGAGUAUUAUCAUGAUGGAGAAUGUAGCCAACAUGACUUUCAAAGUUUAUUUAUUAAAAAAAAAAAAAAAUGUAAUAUGAAAUAUGAAAUUAAAGUUGCCAUUACAAA